AACAUCAAACAACACACCUAAUCUCUAGUCAUUAAUUGAGCGUUUGACAUUUUGAAGUGCUUCACUAAAGAUGGGUUACAAACCUUUGAUGACCCUAAUGCUUUGCAUGCUUAAUUUGCAUGUUAUCAUAGCAAAUGCUACACCAGAUGAAAUAUCUUUAGAGACGUACAUUAUACGCAUUGAUCACGGAGCCACGGCGGAAGAUUUGGACACCUGGUACAAAUCAUUCCUGCCACCACCAACAACAACAGACACAACCUAUCAUCGACGGCGAUUGACCUACUCAUAUCGCAACGUGUUUCGAGGCUUCGCCGCCAGAUUAUCACCGGACGAAGUGAAAGCGAUGGAGACGAAGCCCGGCUUUGUCUCGGCACGCCCUCAAAGAAAAAUAUCCCUCCAUACCACCCACUCCCCCAACUUCCUGGGGCUGAACCAGAACACCGGAUUCUGGCAAAACUCCAAUUAUGGCAGAGGUGUCAUCAUCGGAGUCCUGGACACCGGAAUCCUCCCCGAGCACCCUUCGUUCAGCGACGAAGGGAUGCCGCCUCCGCCUGCUAAAUGGAAGGGGAAGUGUGAGUUCAACCACACCUCGUGCAACAACAAGAUCAUCGGCGCAAGAACCUUCACUUCUUCUGCUGACACCCCUUUAGACGAUGACGGCCAUGGGACCCACACUGCGAGCACCGCCGCCGGAAGAUUCGUCAGAGGGGCUAAUGUUUUCGGCAAUGCUAACGGCACGGCCGUUGGUAUUGCGCCCAUGGCCCACCUUGCUAUCUACAAGGUGUGCGGGACUUUCUGCUUCGAGAGCGACAUAAUUGCUGCAAUGGAUGUCGCUGUUGAUGAUGGUGUUGACAUUCUUUCCCUUUCACUAGGUUCUCUUUCGUUUGAUCUUCAUGAUGACCCUAUUUCCCUUGGAGCUUACACUGCAACGGAGAAGGGCAUUUUGGUCAGUUGCUCCGCUGGUAACGGCGGACCUUCUAACUUCUCGUUAUCAAAUGAAGCGCCGUGGAUUCUCACAGUCGGUGCCAGCACCAUCGACCGGAAGAUAAGAUCAACCGCCGUGCUGGGAAAUAACGCCACGUUUGAUGGCGAAUCCGCUUUCCAGCCGGCGGAUUUCCCGGCGACGCAGUCGCCGCUGGUGUAUGCAAGUAUGCUGAACGCCACCGACCCUCAAAUCCGGUUCUGCGGCGCGAGAUCGCUCAACAAAACCGACAUACGAGGGAAGGUCGUGGUCUGCGACUUGGGAGGGCUCAUACCGAGAAUCGAAAAGGGGAUAGCAGUGAAGAACGGCGGCGCCGUCGCCAUGAUCCUGGUGAACACCGCCGCGUACGGCAACCUUACCCUCGCGGAAGCCCACGUGCUCCCCGUGACGCACGUGAGCUACGCGGACGGUCUGAAGAUCAAGACAUACAUCAACUCAACAUCCACGCCAACGGCGACCAUCGUAUUCAAGGGAACCGUUAUCGGCGACGACCGCGCCCCGGUCGUGGCCGCGUUCUCCUCCCGGGGCCCGAACUACGCGAGCCCCGGGAUCCUGAAACCCGACAUCCUGGGCCCCGGGGUCAACAUCCUGGCGGCGUGGCCGGUCUCGGUGGAGAACAACACCAACACGAGAUCCACGUUCAACAUGAUCUCCGGCACCUCGAUGUCGUGCCCGCACCUCAGCGGCGUCGCGGCGCUGCUCAAGAGCGCGCACCCUGACUGGUCCCCCGCCGCCAUCAAAUCCGCGAUCAUGACCACCGCUGAUGUGGUGAAUCUGGCCAAGAAUCCGAUCGAGGACGAGAGGUUCCUCCCCGCCAGCGUAUUCGCUACGGGGUCGGGCCAUGUGAACCCGUCAAGGGCGAGUGAUCCAGGGCUCGUUUACGACCUCCAGCCCGAAGACUACGUUCCUUAUCUGUGCGGUCUAAACUACACGAACAGACAAGUCGGCACGAUUCUGCAGCGGAGAGUGAACUGCUCUGCGGAGUCGAGGAUACUGGAAGGGGACCUCAACUACCCUUCGUUCGCCGUUACUUUCAGGAGUCUCGUGUCGUCGGGUUCUCAGACGUACACGAGGACGGUGACGAAUGUGGGCGAGGCGAACUCGUCGUACGUUGUGGAGAUCGUGGCGCCGUCUGGGAUGGAGGUGCGUGUUGAGCCUACCAAGCUCGAUUUCUCCCAAGUUAAGCAGAAGCUGCAGUAUAACGUGACGUUCAGCAGAUUGAACUCGACGGUGUUUGGGCACGUGCAAGGGUACUUGAAAUGGGAUUCUGCUAAGCACUCUGUUAGGAGUCCCAUUGCCGGGAUACUGCGGUGAAUGCAGAACUAACCUCAAUUGCUCUUUAUAAUUUACUAUGAUUUGUUCGAUUGUUUACAAAGCAAGUUUCUAUGUACAGUGUGUUGUAUUAAUUAUUCUUUGAUGAUGAUUAGCGUCGAUGAGAGAAUGAAUGUUUUUAAUAUUGUUUG